CUGAAAUGCGUGCGCAUCGUGAACAGCAGGCGCGUUCACGAUGAACAGGAAGUUCACUCAUUCUACGUAAGUGGCGUAACAGUCAGACGCAGCGGAGAGAAAACUUCUGAGAUAUUUCAAGAUUUAGCCGCAAGUAUUUAAAUUUUGGGAGUAAAGAUGUCGUCCGGCGCUCUGUUUCCGAGUCUGGUCAGCGGCUCUAGGGGAAGCUCCAGCAAGUAUCUAGUGGAGUUUCGUGCUGGUAAAAUGAGCCUGAAGGGGAACACGGUUACACCCGACAAACGCAAGGGCUUGGUGUACAUCCAGCAGUCCGACGACUCCCUGAUCCAUUUCUGCUGGAAGGACAGAACCACCGGGAACGUUGAUGAUGACCUGAUCAUCUUCCCUGACGACUGUGAGUUUAAGAGAGUGAGCCAGUGCACCACCGGACGCGUCUAUGUGCUGAAGUUCAAGGCUGGCUCCAAAAGGCUCUUCUUCUGGAUGCAGGAGCCCAAAACGGACAAAGAUGAGGAUUUCUGCCGUAAGGUGAACGAGUUCCUGAACAACCCUCCGAUUCCUGGCGCUCCGGGCAGCGGAGGUGGCAGCGGUCACGAGCUGUCGGCGCUGGGCGGAGAGGGCGGCCUGCAGAACCUGCUGGGAAACAUGAGCCACAACCAGCUGAUGCAGCUGAUCGGUCCGACGGGGCUCGGUGGACUGGGAGGCCUGGGAGCGUUAGCUGGACCUGGACUGGCGAAUCUGCUAGGCAGCGGCGGCCCGUCCGCCAGCAGCUCCUCAUCCAGCUCUAGAAGCCAAGCAGCCACGGCUGCCUCUUCUUCAUCAGCUGCAGCCCCCAGACUGAGCUCCACCCAGACACCCACCACGCCUACGCCUCCUGCUGCCUCCGCUCCUGCCACCACUGCUGCUGCUGCUGCCCCUGCUACUCCAGCUCCAGCUCAGGCUCCUGUGACGCCGGCCUCCGUUGGAAGCCCUCCUCCUCACCAGCCCAUCCAGCUCAGCGACCUGCAGAGCAUCCUGGCCAACAUGAAUGUUCCUGCAGCUGCUGCAGCGCCGCAGGGAUCUGCAGUGGACCUGGCGAGCGUUUGCACCCCGGAGAUGAUGGCUCCCAUCCUGACCAACCCUGAAGUCCAGCAGAGGCUCCUCCCCUUCCUCCCCAGCGGAGAGAGCUUACCGCAGAGCGCCGAGGAGAUCCAGACCACCCUGAACUCGCCGCAGUUCCAGCAGUCCAUGAGUAUGUUCAGCAGCGCUUUGGCUUCGGGGCAGCUCGGCCCGCUGAUGAAUCAGUUCGGUCUGUCGGCUGAAGCUGUGGACGCUGCCAACAGGGGAGACGUGGAAGCGUUUGCCAGAGCCAUGCAGGGCAGCAAAGGAGACUCCAAAGAGAAGAAAGAAGAUGACGAAGACAUGAGUCUAGAUUAGAGACCAGCCUGCCAAGUCCCAUAUCUCUUUCUACUUUUUGUUUACUUUCCUCCCACUUCAGCAUUGUCUUAAAUGUUUUUCUAUACCAAAGGCAAUGUUUCUACACCAUGUAGAUGUCUCUCUUGCUGCGACCAAGCCUUAAGUUUUGCUUUCUGCUCUUGAAGUACAGUCUGCUGUUGGCUUUUUGGGACUAGAUCUUUAUUAAAGUACAAAUUGGAAAAACA